CUGUCUAUCACAGAAAAGGCUAACAAAACGGUCACAAACCAAAAAAAAAAAAAAGACAACCGACAAAAAAAAAAGACAGUUCAUUUGUUAUUGAGAAAGUGUUAAUCUUUUCGCACAUUCUUGUCUGAUCUUCUUCUUUCUUCCGAAUCUCUCUGAGGAGUUUCGAUUCAGUUUCGUAGUUGUUUGGUGAUCAACGACCGGAUCUGCUCGAAGUAGCCGACAAUCUCAUCUCAAACAAGCAUUCUCAAAAGUCUCCACCUUUUGAUUGGAUUUGCUGCUUACUUUACUUUUGAGCUCCAAGGAUCGCCAUUGCAGAGCUUCCUUGUAACUUGAAGAGUUAGCUUCCAACUCUACAAUCAAAAUUGAGAUCUGGGUUCUUGCUGCUUGUAGCUCAUAGUGAGAGAGUUGUCAUCGGUUGUUCAUAAACUCAGAUUAGUGUCUUUUCUCCUAAAAACUUUAUUAAGCUUAGAAUCUGUUUGAUGAAAUCCCCCCCCCCCCUGUGAGGAAGUUAUAGGCAUUUAGAAAUGUGUAAAGCGGAGAAGUCUCUAUACCAGAGGAAGCUGUGGGAGAUGAAGGUUAAGUUCCUAGGAGGAGGAGAUAGCAGCAAGAUUGACAAGUUCAAGAACUCCCUUGUUUCCAAGUCUCGUAUGAGCCUUUGGAUGAUUCGUGCUAUGACCGUAUUGUUGCUAUGGAGCUGUUUUGUUCAUUUGGUGGCAGUGGGAGGGAUGUGGGGACCAAGAUUGUUGAAAGGCUGGCCUUCUUGUUUCAAUCACCAUCAUGACUUCCCAAUGGCUGCUGCUGCACAAGAAUUGGCUUCUCUUCCCAUCAAAAUAGCCCUCCCUCCUAAAAGGAUAUAUCACAACAAUGGCUAUCUUAUGGUUUCUUGCAAUGGAGGACUCAACCAAAUGCGAGCUGCGAUAUGUGAUAUGGUGACUAUUGCAAGAUACAUGAAUGUCACACUUAUAGUCCCGGAGCUUGACAAGACCUCUUUCUGGAACGAUCCAAGGUUAUUAUUAUUAUUAUUAUUGCCAUCCAUCUCUCACUCAGAGCUUCUUUUGCUUCUCUUGAAAGUUGUUGAUGGGUGUUCUUAUGUGAGCAGUGAGUUCAAAGACAUAUUCGAUGUGGAUCACUUCAUAACUUCUUUGAGAGAUGAAGUUCGUAUACUUAAAGAGGUUCCUCCAAGGCUUAAGAGAAGGGUUGAGCUCGGUGUAUACCACACCAUGCCUCCUAUCAGCUGGUCCAACAUGUCCUACUACCAAGACCAGAUUCUUCCCUUGGUGAAGAAGCAUAAGGUCUUACAACUGAACAAGACCGAUACUCGACUUGCUAAUAACGAACUCCCUGUUGAGGUCCAGAAGCUGAGAUGCAGAGUAAACUUCAACGGGCUCAGGUUUACUCCAAAGAUUGAGGAACUAGGUAGAAGAGUAGUCAAGAUUCUGAGGGAGAAAGGUCCCUUUCUGGUUCUCCAUCUCAGAUACGAAAUGGAUAUGUUGGCCUUCUCUGGUUGCUCCCAUGGUUGCAACCGCUACGAAGAGGAAGAGCUCACAAGAAUGAGAUAUGCUUAUCCAUGGUGGAAGGAGAAAGUAAUAGACUCAGAGUUGAAGAGGAAAGAAGGUCUUUGUCCACUGACUCCAGAAGAAACAGCUCUGACACUAUCUGCCUUGGGGAUUGACCGUAAUGUUCAGAUUUACAUAGCUGCAGGAGAGAUAUACGGUGGUAAAAGGAGGUUAAAGGUUUUAACAGACGUCUUUCCAAAUGUGGUGAGGAAAGAAACUCUGCUUGAUUCUUCUGAUUUGAGUUUCUGUAAGAACCAUUCUUCUCAAAUGGCUGCUCUUGAUUACCUCAUCUCUCUCGAAAGUGACAUAUUCGUUCCUACUUAUUAUGGGAACAUGGCUAAAGUCGUGGAAGGUCAUCGCAGGUUCUUGGGGUUCAAGAAAACGAUUGAGCUAAACAGGAAGUUUUUGGUUAAUCUAAUAGAUGAAUACUACCAAGGAAUGUUGAGCUGGGAAGUGUUUUCGACCACGGUGAAGGCCUUUCACGCUACAAGAAUGGGAGGUCCCAAGAAGCGGCUUGUGAUUCCUAAUAGACCUAAAGAAGAAGACUACUUCUAUGCUAAUCCAUACGAAUGUCUUCAGCUGUUACAUGAGAAUGAAAAUGCUGAUUCAGUUGAUGAAACCAAAUGAUCAGAGCCACCACCAUUGUCAUCUCUGUUAGAUAUGGGUGAUGCAGGACAUACAUGGAUGGGUGAAUAAUGGAGUUAUCUACGGAGACUGUAUAUCAAUCUCAGUUAGGGUUUUCUGGUGUACAAAAGACUUCUGAAGAGCUUCCUUGCAUGAGAAGAUAGAUCGAAGCUUUCAUUGUGAAGUUUCCAUCCUUUGGCAUCAUCAUCAUCCAUGGUCUUGCAGUUUUGGUGGCUGGAGAAUAAAAUUUUAAAAUGCAAUGUAUAAUUAUGUUACACAUUAUUAUAAUUAUUAUUUAUAAUUAUUUGAGAUAAUAAAUAAGUAUUAUAUUUAAAUU